AUGAGCAAGAGAAGGCUAGCUGUCUGGUUAUUGCUUGCUGUGAGCAGCCUACCUUUGCAUUUACUGUACAAUUCAGUUGUAUUUCAGACAACAGCAACGAACGCCGUCGACAUGACGAUGAUAAAUGAAUCUUUCCUCAGCACGAGGGGAGGAUGGAAGCUCGAGGAUGGUGAUGAUGAGUACCGUCCCCACUUCCAGGCUCUACAGGACACAUUUCUGGAAAAGCAGAAUUUGAGCGCGACUCCGUUCCAAAACAUUUCUGCCACUGUGUGCAUUCAUCGCUACCAGACGGCCUUCAUAAGGGCUGGUAACGGCUUCCCUGUUAUGGCAACAAACUACUCAGAAGAGACAGGGGGUGCAAUCGGCAACAGCUCACUGUUGGCCUACGGUAUGAACAUUACCGAGAUGUGGUUCGGCCCAAAAUUUGUUUCUCAUCUCUUAUAUUGUUUGAGUGAAUAUUCACCCGAGCGAUGCCAGGUACAGCUCAACCAGAGCAUCUUGUAUAUUGUCAUCGCGUGCAACAUCCUGACGACUACUCUCAUGCUCAUGAUACUUGGGUGGAUGAAUGACGAAACGAUCGUUACGGUCGGCGACGCGAUCCAGACAUUCAUCCUGACACCUGACAUUUCAACUCAAGAUUGCUGUCUCAUGACUAUUCACGAUAAGAUAUCGGAAGCGCGGAGGUUAUAUCAUCACCAGCCCGGCAAUAAUGUUCGCUGGUACAGUGUUGUCAGCGGCAAGCGCUGGUUUUGUUUGCUUUUUGUAUACUCCAUGAUCAUAGCUACAGCCCUAUACUUUUACAGCAGCAUUGACCGUCGCUGGGUAACGUGCACAGAUCCAGGUGCCUCCGAGUUCAAAGUCGACCAAAUUUGCCGGUGGAAUGGCUUUGGGAACGUUAGUUUCCGUUUUAUCCUCGAUGUAUACCUCGGUUCCAAAUCCCUGAUACCCUACGUUCUUGUGGCCAAUGCGCCUCAGGUGGUCAUAUCGCUUGUAUACAUCACCUACAACGGGCUUUUUACGACGAUGCUCGCGAACCGCGAAUGGGCGAGCUACGUACAUAAACGAGCUGCACUUCGCGUCACCUUCCCAGCUUCUACCCAGCGCUCUACGUACUUCCUUUCUCUACCGUACAAAUUCAGCCUCCCGCUUAUCGUCGCCAGCAUCUUACUGCAUUGGUUCAUUUCGCAGACAUUGUUCAUCGCACCCAUUGCUGUUUACAAAAAUGGCGUGCUAGAGCCGACGCUGCGAGACUGGUUCCAUCACGAGGGAGCUUCAGGUUCUCUGACCGGUCUAGGGUUUUCAGACUCGGCGCUACUUGCCGCAAUCAUUAUGGGAUGUCUCUUAGUCGCAGCCUGUUUGACUAUCGCCGGAUUCUGUAAAUAUCCGACGGACAUGCCACUCGGAGGCACGAAUAGUGCGGUUAUCAGUGCGGCAUGUCAUAUAAAGCACAGAUAUGGUGGAAAGGUUGAGGGUCUAGACGAUGUUGUCGAGCGUCCGUUGAAGUGGGGUGUCACGAUCGAGGGUACCAAGGAUCAAGUUGGACACUGUUCUUUUAGCGACAAAGCAGUCCAGAAGCCGGUUGAAGGCUGUUUAUACGCUUGAAGGAUGGUAGUUACAUGAGAGUUUGGGAUAGUCCACCCAAAGUCGUUAUAUGUACGGAUGUCUCAAGACACAGUUAUCGCUCACUAAAUUACAUUUGUACAAAAUCUGAACAUAACAACAUGUGCUCAACAAGUCUAGUAUCCAACAAACAUGCAAGUCGCCAACGGCUCCGAAUCCACCAUGCAUUACCACUGCCUUUCCAAAAACUCGUGAUCACAUAACACUCCAUCGCAUCAUAUUUCCCUCUCUUCAGCAAACUACACCCCCUCUCCCCCUUUCUCUACAAAAUCCAUCAUCUACGCAGCCGCAGCAGGUUUCCUAGACUCCAACUUCCUCGGCGCCUUCUUCGCCGCAC